CUCACUUGCUCCACAGAGAGCAGAAAUCUCACAGCAAAAGCAAAACCUUUCCAACCCUUUCUUACUUUGUCUUACACUGGAACAUUUAUGAACGAUAAACUAGCACAUGCUUUUACUCAUCAACUUCUUGAUCACUUGUUAACCUAAUCUCACAAUACAGUAUGUCACUCCCUGAAUGGACUUAAUUGUACGUUUGGAGCCAAGAUUACGACUGGAUUCUCCCAUGAUGGAAGAUGAUGUGAUCGGAAUUGGACGACCCUUAUUGUUUAGCUUUUGUUUUUUAUUCUCUUGGUCCCUCAACAGUUGCGUUGGAUUCGCACUGAAGGACUGUCGAAUAAGCAAGGACAACGCCAUUUGUUCGGCCAGCAAUCUACAAGCUGUCCCUGGGGACAUCCCGGCAUCGGUCAAAACCUUUGACUUGGCUGUGAACAAAAUAUCUAAGAUCCGAGCGGGUGAUUUCAUCAAUUACACGGCCCUGUUGCAGUUAGACCUAAAACGCAACCACAUUUCCCAGAUAGAAAAAGGUUCCUUUACCAGCCUGCGCUCACUCCGAAAGUUAAAUCUGAAUAAUAACCGUCUGGCACAACUGGGAGAUGUUUUUGGUGGUUUGAGCAACCUGACCGAGCUAAGACUAAUGAGCAAUGACAUUACAACUGUGGCCCCUUCCUCCUUUCAGCCCCUGACAAAUUUGACUGUCUUGGACCUGUCGUUCAACAAAUUGAAGCACUUGACAAAGGUUCACUAUGCAUUACAACAUUUACCAAAUCUGCAGUAUCUGUUCAUUAGGAAAAUCGGUUUAACCAUUUUCCAGUCCUGGGAACUGACCAACAGCACAGUGGGCCUAGCAUACCUUGACAUGUCUCAGAAUUACAUCGAUGUCUUCAGUAUCAGCGCAGAUGUUUUCCAAAACCUCACUUGGCUGAAUAUCGGCGGUUCUCAGAGAAAGCAGAAGUUGUCAUGGGAGAUUGGUGAGCCGGCGGGACUCAGCCGGGUAACCACGCUGGAUAUCAGUGGACUUCACUUGGCACAGAAAGAUGCCAGAGCGCUUUUCCAGAGCUUAAACUUCUCGCUGAGCACUCUAAGGAUGAACACGAUGAAAUGCAACCUCAGAGAGCUGCUCAACAUGUCCUGCACCAUCCCGACACUAACACAGUUGCAAAUCAGACGCAACACACUUCGGCAGGUCGAUUCCCGUUUGCUACGGCUGUGCUCCUCCGUCACCAACUUGGAUUUAGCUGACAAUCGCAUUCAAAACAUGUUCAACGACUCUUUCAGAGCACUUCAAGGUCUGAAGAGGUUGACGCUCAGCCGAAACAGGCUCGCGUUGGUCCCACCUGCCGUUAGGAAUUUGACGAGACUUCUGGAACUGGACCUGAGCUCCAACAACAUCAGCUCUCUCGGGUGUCAAGAUUUUGCGGAGCUCGGCAACCUCAGAGUGCUCGGCCUUGAUCAGAACUCCAUCUCGACUGUGAAUCAGUGUGUGUUCAAGGAUCUGACCAAACUUGAGGUCCUCAAACUGCAGAUAAACCAAAUUACUGACUUGAACAGCGCUUUUAAAAUAUACUUGCCAAAUCUUAGACAGCUGAAACUGGAUCAGAAUAAACUUACCGCAAUUCGACUGGGAGACUUUGAGGGCUUGCGGUCUAUCCAGAACUUAUCAAUGCAGAGAAAUCAACUCCGCAAGCUUGAAAAUGGUUCAUUUGUCGGCCUAACGAUGCUCACAGACAUUCUGCUGCAAUCCAAUGAGAUCCAAGAGACCGACAUAACCGCAGGUGUGUUCAACGAUCUCAUUAGUUUAAGAAAGUUGAGUUUAUUGGACAAUCGCAUCAAGUACAAAAGCAGUUCAGCAUUGCCCUCGGCGCCGUUCUCUCGACUUUCUCGCCUGGAGACUUUGGCCAUGGCGGGACAACACAGCAGGGGCAGGUUCCAGCUGCCUCGCAACUUCCUGCAAGGUUUGACCAACCUUCUGAUUUUUGACGCCAGGAAUGUCCACCUUACGUCCUUGCACCAAGACACGUUCAAGUACACACCUCGGCUUCAGAAGCUUGACAUCAGUUCAAAUGAGCUCACAGAUGUCUCCCCCAGGUUGUUUGAUCCUAUCCAGGAUCUCCGAAGCCUCUACAUUUCAAGAACCUCUCUUCUGUCACUAGAUUUCCUAAAUGAUGCCAACCUUACCAACCUAGAGUUCCUACAAGCACGAAGGAACCAGUAUUCUGUCAUCACAAAGGAACAAAUGGGAGCCCUUCCUGCUCUGGUGUAUUUGGAUCUUCAAGGGAACAGUUUCUUAUGUGCCUGCGACAACACCUGGUUCCUCCAGUGGUUGAACAAAACAGAAACCCAAGUGUUUGACGCCUAUAACUUUGUAUGCAACUACCCCCAGCACCUUAAAGGCAUAAAGCUGCUGGACCUUGACGUUCGAUCCUGCUCGAUAGACGUGGAGUUCAUCUACUUCAUCUCCACCACAUGCGCCAUCCUCCUUUUUCAGCUGGCGGCCUUCACCUACCACUUCCUGCGAUGGCAGCUGGCCUACGCCUACCACCUCUUCCUGGCUCUGCUCUACAAGAGGAAAUUCAGGAACAGGCAGCCCGAGUGUCUCUACGACGCCUUCGUGUCUUACAACACGCACGACGAAGACUGGGUCUUCAGGGAGCUGCUGCCCAAACUUGAGGAAGAGCAGGGCUGGAAGUUGUGCCUGCACCACCGAGACUUUGAGCCAGGGAAGCCCAUCAUUGACAACAUCACACAGGCCAUCUAUGCCAGCAGAAAGACAAUCUGUGUGAUCAGUCGCAGAUAUCUGGAGAGCGAGUGGUGCUCCAGAGAGAUUCAGGUGGCCAGCUUUCGCCUGUUUGACGAGCACAAGGAUGUUCUCAUCCUGGUCUUCCUGGAGGACAUUCCCGUCUGGGAGCUGUCUCCUUACUACCGCAUGAGGAAGCUGUUGAAGAAGUGGACCUUCCUGAGCUGGCCCCGGGCGGCCCAGUGCACCGACCUCUUCUGGGAGAAGCUCCGGCAGGCUCUGAAGACCAGAAACAACGUGGGCGGGGAACUGUUGCUCCUCACCGUGAAGGACAGCACGUGAUGAACAUGAUGAGGUGGAGGUAAUGAAGGCGGAGAUACGUAGAACUGGCUUUUGUAUUCUCUUAGGCUGGAUUUACACGGCAAGUUCAAGAGCCGAAUUUCAAUUUAAUGCCUAUAUAGUGAACACCUACUGUAUAUCACUGUUCAUCUUUCGCGGCUUUUUAAGCGAUCUAUUUUUUCAUGGGUUUUAUUUUCACAGUAUACAAGCAAGCCAGAAUUUAGAGUUCAGUGUAGUACCACGUUGUGCCACAACAUGCCGGGCGGCACUGAGCUCUACUGAAUUUUGAUGGGGCGUAAUUAAGAGAAGAGAAGAAGAAACAGAAAAGGUCCCCGAGCGAGAGGCUACAGCUAUAUGCCUGUGAGGCAUAUAAUCGGUUUCGUAGAACGUUUUGGUGUUUAAAUGUACAAUGCUUAAUUCUCUUUUGUGAUGCUGCGCCGUGUGUGUUCAAGUAGCAGUUGUGUGAAGUUUUUAUAGUGACAUAUAUGACAUCUAAGCUAAUUUCUCUUAGCCCGUCUAUGUCGUUUCACGUAAUAUGUUAGCAUUAAGCUAGCAAAGUUGCCUUAAUAUACGGUUUGGUGGAACAUUUUGGUGUUCAAAUAUAUCCAUCCAUCCAUUUUCUGAGCCGCUUCUCCUCACUAGGGUCGCGGGCGUGCUGGAGCCUAUCCCAGCUGUCAUCGGGCAGGAGGCGGGGUACACCCUGAACUGGUUGCCGGCCAAUUGCAGGGCACAUACAAACAAACAACCAUUCGCACUCACAGUCACACCUACGGGCAAUUUAGAGUCUCCAAUUAAUGCAUGUUUUUGGGAUGUGGGAGGAAACCGGAGUGCCCGGAGAAAACCCACGCAGGCAAGGGGAGAACAUGCAAACUCCACACAGACGGGGCCGGGGAUUGAACCCGGGUCCUCAGAACUGUGAGGCUGACGCUCUAACCAGUCGCCCACCGUGCCGCGUGUUCAAAUAUACAAUAUUUAAUUCUCCUUUGUUUUAUGUGUCAGUUUUACAGUAAACUCCAUCUUGGAUUGACAAAGAAACAGCUUGAAGCAAGCCUCUUAUUUGGUGAAAUGUUCUAGCGAGAGAGUGAGAACGAAGGAAUACCUUUAAAAGUGCCACUCAUAUUACUUGUAUCAAUAAGGAAUACUUAAAAAGUGUGGUUUAAUAAUUUUAGGUGUGUUUUAAUAAGUAUAAAUGUGCUUAAAGCAUGUGGGAGCAAUAAAACUAAAAGUUUUUUUGAUCGUUUUACAUUCCAGUAAAUUGCAUUUAUGCCACAGUUGCAUUUGCAGAUGUCCGAUACGUUUUUUUGUUUUUUUUUUAAACACACAUUUAGAAGAGACCUGAUUCAGAUCUGAAGAUAGCUGAUUCCAUGGUGCUUUUUUCUUCCAUGACCCAUAUCGAGCAAAACAAUUGGAAUUGUGCCAUUUGAACCUUGAACAGUAAAUGCAGCCUUAAAUAGCUGUUCCUUACAACCGCUGUGGUUAACCAAGUUUCGAAGGACAAUUAUUCACAUGUGCGAUAACAAUCAAGUAGGCUUUCAUUCACUCUAGCAUGCUAGUACUGUGUGUGCGAAGCAAAUUCAAACUGAGUAGUCCUCAUUUUUAUCACUUACAUAAUGUGACCCAAA